CCCAAUCUGCCGAAGGGGGCGGUGGGGACUUAGAUGAGUGUCAGACAGAUGAACCAAUCAUAUAUAGAGGUAGGAGCGGAAGCAGCCGCAGGGAUGGGCUCGUCAGCGAAUGUGGGCGGGGAAUCAGACGAUUAGCAUGCGGAUGAGCCAAUCAAUGAGAGAGUGAGGUGGGAUUUGGUGGCUUGGAUUCCCCAAUCGGCGCAAGUCGAGGGGCUGAUGUUCGCGGGCAUGCGCAGUGAUGGCGUCCCGCCGAGGCGGAGUCACGAUGGAGCUGGUGGUUUGAGAAGAAUGAAUGCUGCCAAUGAGGAGCCUCUGGGUGUUUACUAUCGCGAGUACACGGUAUUCCUGGAGAGUGGGUAUUCUGCUUCAAACAGCUCGUAUCCCGGUCAGGAUGAUGAUGGCACUGCUUUGGAAAAGCUCUUGGAGGAAUGGGCAGUUCCCACAACCAAUGGUGACCAGAACUGGACAGUAAUCCAGAAGAGACCUCACCAACAAUCUGUACAACCUCAACAUGACAGCCCAGUUUCGACACUCAGUGGUCUGAGUAAUGAAGAGUUUGAACGAGAGUGAAUCGGACGAGGUGUUCCAGACGAUGAUUAACCCCAAUGAGGUUCUGAGCUCAGUGAACACAAUCAAAGGAGCAUCGGAGACUGACAGUGGGAUUUCAGAUGACCACCGUCCGGAGAGCCCCCGGCUGAGUGAAUCGGGGCCUGACGCUGGGGCAGGGCCCAGUGCACUCUGUCAGCUUGUGUAUGGAGUCAGCAACAUCAAAUCCCAGAGAGCAGCCAACAACACUGACCUCGUCUCCAUUGAGCUCGGGGGCUGGAAUACAGCAACGAUCGUACCAGAGGCCUGUAUUGUGGAUAGUGCCCCUGGUCUGACCAGCUCAGUGAAGAGGACACUCAGUGUGACAGACAGCGACAGCGAAAUAAGUGACUGCUUCAUAGGGCAUUUCCCUGAUCUGAUGCUGACCGAGGAAGAGAAGCGACUGCUCAGUCAGGAGGGUAUCGUGCUGCCCAGUAAUCUACCCCUGACCAAGGCCGAGGAGCGGGUUCUGAAGAAGGUCCGUAGAAAGAUCCGGAACAAACAGUCAGCACAAGAGAGUCGGAGAAGGAAGAAGGAGUACAUUGACGGCUUAGAGAGCAGGGUGGCUGCCUGUACAGCUCAGAACCAUGAGCUUCAGAAACAAGUCCUGAAGCUCGAACAUCACAACAUCUCUCUGUUGACUCAGCUACGCAGAUUACAGUCUGUGAUCAAAGAAACAUCAAACAAAGCAGCACAGACCAGUACCUGCGUCCUGAUUCUCACCUUCUCCCUGGUCCUGCUGGUGUUUCCCAGUUACAACCUGAUCCAAUCGGAGACUCCAGUCAACAAACACGGGUAUAAACCCACUGGAGUCAUUUCCAGGACAAUCCUCACUGAGCUGGAAUCCUCCCAGAUAUCGGAAAUUCCUGACAACUCUCUCCCUGAUGCCUCAGGAUCCGUAAACCUGCAGGAAGGAGCUGUCCCGUUUCCCAACAACCUCACGACUGACUCACAGGAGCCAGGGAACCCCUUGGGUCCAGUAGGGCAGAUGCCCAAGAGAGUCAGCCACCUCGAAGCUUCACAGCUGCAGAAAUCUGACGGCAACUCUUUGUUUGGGAGGCGGGAGGACACAUCUGACUCGGGUGCAGCAAUCCCAAGCUCGGAGCUACUCCAGCAAGAACCACGGACAGACAUGCCCCCAGCCUCCAGCUGGGAGUCAGGGAAUGCCCUUUUGGUUAAACCCGGGCACGCCGAUGAGAUGUGAAAUGGGGCAUCGAGCACUUGCUCUUGACUGAGAACUUCUUGCCUUGCCCUUGUGGGCACUGAGUGACUGGGACGGUGCAGCUCUGACCAUUGGUCACACCCUCUGCUGACUGUUGGACCCAUCAUCUCCAGCAGGUUCCGUCACAAUGGGACAGAGCAGCAUCACGUUUGGGGCUCUGAUUGGGCACGGUGCACCUCUUCUGUGGGUCUGGUGUUUUUCAUCAAAUUUUGUAAAUAGUUAUUUGGAAAUUCUCCUCAGCCCUGUCUGUGCAUGUCUCUCUCCCUCUGUAAUCUAAUCUCUACCCGAACAUUCGUAAAUGCUGUUUGGACAAAAUAAAUAUUUUUAUUGAUA